AUGAUGGGCAAACGGACGCAGUGUUAUCUGUGCGACCUGCCCAGGAUGCCGUGGGCGAUGAUCAUGGACUUCUCGGAGCCGGUGUGCCGCGGCUGCGUCAAUUACGAGGGCGCCGACCGCAUCGACCUCGUCCUCGAGUCGGCGAAGCAGCUGAAGAAGGCGCACGGCUUCCAGGACGCCCGGCCGUCCGCCUCCAAGACGUACCGCGCGACCGCCGGUCACACCGAGCACAACGGCGGCACGAAUCUCGACGUGCUACCGAUCCAGAACACGCCGCAGAGCAGCCACACGCGCCAUCACAACAUCGCCGGUUACUCGCAGCUGCACCACCGCAACUCCAUCACCGAGUACACCUCGGGCACGGCGGCGGCGGCCGCCGCCAGGCAGCAGGUCGGCCGUCAGCACGGCGACGAGGGCCACGAGAUCGCCAAUAGCAUAAGAAACAAUCCCCCGCGUCUGUCCAACGCCCAUUUGGCAGCGGUGGCCGCGCAUCAGAUGACCCUGCACAAUCGCAGCAUCACUCAGCUCAAGCGCGGCAUCUCGGCGAUCGACGAGGACGAACACGCCGAGAAGCGGCUCUCGUUGGAGGAGCAGCAUCCGGUCAGGCCGCCGCUGACGCGCGGCGAUUCCCUGCCGGCGGUGAGCCUCGCCGUCAGCUACGUCAACGACAGGAGCAAGGAGAAGCAUCCGGUGAGAGCGCCCAGCUUCGAGACGGCGACCACCUUCAAGGCCAACGGAGCAUAUGUCGGGCCGUCCAUACCGUUGGCACCGGCCAACGUCGCGGCCAACGGUGGAGGAUCGCCUCUUCGUCCAAGAACGAGUCCUCCACCGCCACCGCCGCCGAGCCAGGAAGGCGCCAACGACAAUACGCAGUCCAAUCAUCAUCAGGGCACGGCGAACGGCCCGUCGCCGAUGGCCGCCCUAAUGUCGGUCGCCGACAAUCUAACAUCGCCUGAGCCGGUGCCACCGCCGAACAAUCCCAGCCCCACCAGCAGAAGUCCGCCGACCACGGCCGCGAACGCUCAGCAACGCAGCGCUUCUAGAGGCUCCCAACACAGCCCGAACAGUUCAGGCUCGUCGGGCAGACGGUCCAGUAGUUCAAGGCAGGUGUCAUCGACGACCGUGACGACGUCUUCGGAGGGCGCGGUCGCUCAAGCUGCCGGCGCUGAACCGGUCACGGCGCCGACCCUCAAAUGUACUCUAUGCCAGGAGCGCCUGGAGGACACGCAUUUCGUGCAGUGCCCCAGCGUGCCGCAUCACAAGUUCUGCUUCCCAUGCAGUCGAGACAGCAUAAAGAGACAGGGUGCCGGCUCGGAGGUUUAUUGUCCGAGCGGCGAGAAAUGCCCGCUGGCGAACAGCCAGGUACCGUGGGCCUUCAUGCAGGGUGAGAUAGCUACCAUCCUGGGCGAGGAUACGGGCACCGGGCUCAAAGUCAAGAAGGAAAGAGAAACUUAA